GUCGUCGUCAAUAUCGUGUGCGUUCUCGUCGUUGUUGUUCAUCGACGAUUCACCAACUGGCCGGCUGUUACUUCGAUGGUGUCGUCCUAGCCAACCAACCGUAUGUUCGUUCGUUUAUUCGUUCGUUUAUUCGUUCGUUCGUUAGUUCGUUCGUUUGUUCGCUUUCCCUUCGAGACAGAAGAGUAGAGUGCGUGGUUCUACUAUUUAGUCGUGUCCAAGAGCCGCGUGAGAGAAGAAGAAAUCGUGCUACGUCGUUUCGAAGGAAAAUACAGUGGGUGAAUUGGUCUGCCACAACUACUGCUGUUACAUUGACCAAUGACAACAAUCCCGCUGUGAACAAAGAAAAAAAAGGAAGCAAAAAACAUUUUUCUUUCCUUUUCUUGGCCAUAUAGCUUUGUCGGGUUAUCCUGAGUGACUAGAACUGUGUGAGUUUUCCUAACUGUUAUUAGACAUAUGUUUGGGGACAAAACCAUUGUUGUGUUUACCAUCGAUCUCUCUUCGAGCUAUUCGAAGAACUUUUUCUAGAGUGGGGGAAAGGGAAAGGGAGAGAUGGACAGAAGUAUUCGAGCGAAUACAAGACGGAGACUUAGUUGUCCGUCGGAAUGGGAAAGGUCGAAGGUAGAAUUUUACGCCUGAAGUAGAAAGUGUAAAUGAAAAUUUUAUCGACGGAGAAAAGUGAAGAAAUCUGAAUCUUGUCGAAUGGUGAUCCGUAUUAUCAAAGUAAGUUUGCGGUAGAAUAUGUUUCAGGACGUACUAAUGCGUUACGGAUGAUUGGUGCGUUAGUGACGAGAGGAAAAAGAAAAAAAAAGCAAACAGCCAACGUUGGAAAUAAUUAUACAUAAAGAGAUAUGAGUGUAACAAAGUUCAAAUGAACGAUAUUGACACAAGAAAAUCGUCUCGGAUGAACGAGCAGGGAUGUUAGACGAAAUAAUUGAGUCAAGUUUGAUUGAUCUAAUUGAAUAAGAUCAUUCAUUGAAAAAUGUCCAACACGAGUGUGGAAUCCUCGUCGGCAUUAGUGGAGGCAACGGAUGUUCGAGAAAUAAGGCAGAAUCAAUCGCGUCUCGAUCAGGAAAUCGACGAGAUAGAGAAACGUGAUCAGGAUAGAUGUGGCGAGAACGGGGAUAGUGAUUGCGAGAGUGACACGAGCGAGGUGCUCAGCGUCGGCAGCGAGCCAACACCGGCUAGCGUAGUUGGUGUUAGAGUUUGUACCGGUACGAAAUACGGUGAUCAAGAGUCUGCGAGCAGUCGAGGUGAAUUUAGAGAGGAAGAAAAUACGAGGAUAUCAGCGACGCCGUCACCCUCGAGCUCGACCAGUUGCAACGACAGUUAUUAUCAUCGAACUUCCAGCGGUGGCGGUGGUGCACACGUUUCAGCACCGAGCCCUUUGGCUUACAGUCAAGCACCGUCAUCGCCGACGGCUUCCUCAGUCAGGUCACCUGCAUCUUCUUCCGCCACAGCAUCCUCUCCUGGUCGACCAGAAACUUCGGGACAAGAACCGAUACUACCCAGGUAUCAGGUAACCGGUGGUGGCGGUCACCAACAUCUCCUACCUCGAUAUGCCUCCAGGGAAACUGAAAUUCCGGAUUAUCCGAGUCGCGUUCAGCACGGAUUAACUCACGAGAUUGUUUAUCCAAGCGUAGAAAGACUACAUCGUACACCGAUAAGCGUUCCUCUGGUUACCAGGUUAUCCUUAUCACCACCGUCGGCCAUGACGGUAAGCGGACUUCAAGUUACUACGCCGACGAUCCUACAUCCGAGUGCAUGUAGAGACCCUCGAGAAACAACUAACUCUCUGAUGCCGCAUCCUGUUCAGCAUUUACAUCAUCAUCCAAGCGCUCACAGUCACUUGCAUCAAAGCUCUCAGGUACAACACGUGCCGGCUAACGCCUCGGUCCAUCAGCAUCAACAUCAUCGAUUAUCCGUCAAUAAGAUACUCCAAAGAGACGAGUCUUCAUCGCCGACGGCAAGUGCAAGGGGCCCCGAUGAAAAUGGUCGAACCGUGACUUCUUCGAAUGGUGUUCAAAAUAAUGCAAACGGGAAUCAUCACAAUAACCACAACAAUAAUAACAACAACAACAAUAAUAAUUUACAACAUCAAGCGGGUCUGAAAUUUAGUAUAGAUAACAUACUAAAAGCGGACUUUGGUAGAAGGAUAACAGAUCCGAUUUCUUUAAAAAAAUCAAGACCUAAGAAAACUUCCUCGAGACCUAUAGAUCUUACUAAAGACUUUUUGGAAUCGUCUUCCGAAGGAUCAGAAAGGAGUACUUUGGAAACUGUUACGACCAACGCAGCAUCGCCCAUUGGCGUACCUGCUGGUGUACCUACAACCAAUCCAACUUCCAAUCCACCUGGACCACCUUCUUCCGAACCAGGCAAACAGAUGCUCUGGCCAGCCUGGGUCUACUGCACGAGAUACUCCGACAGACCAUCCUCUGGACGAAAACCGUCACGUGUGAUUUCAGGCCCACGUACGCGGCGAGUUAAGAGGACAGGUGAUUCACGUGGAAGCGGUUCUACGCCGGAGGAGAAACGACCUAGAACAGCAUUCAGUGGUGAACAGUUGGCAAGAUUGAAACGAGAAUUUGCGGAAAAUCGUUAUCUAACCGAACGUCGUAGGCAACAACUAUCAAGAGAUUUAGGAUUGAACGAGGCACAGAUUAAAAUCUGGUUCCAGAACAAGAGGGCAAAGAUUAAAAAAGCGAGCGGUCAGAAAAAUCCAUUGGCGUUGCAAUUGAUGGCUCAAGGAUUGUACAAUCAUUCUACUGUGCCGUUAACCAAGGAAGAAGAGGAACAAGCAGCUGAACUGCAAGCGAAAUGACGAUUAUAGAAAUAGUUCGAGUGUUACAUCAUGACCUAUAGAAUUUUGUUUCUAUCGUUUCUAUCGUUUGAUUGUUUCCGAAAUAUCAUAUCGAUCUUCAGGGUUCCUCUUUUAGUCAUUUCCUCGUCGUUCGUAACUCGACAAGGUCACGAGGGAUUGCAAUUUGAUUUUUAUGAUUAUCUUAUCCAC